GAUUUGGAAUUCCACGGUGUGAUGCGCUUUUAUUUUCAAGACUCGGGCCAAAAAGUUGCAACAAAAUGUAUACGGGUAGCAUCCGACGCUACCGUUGAAGAUGUGAUAGGAACCUUAAUAGAAAAAUUUAGACCCGAUAUGCGUAUGCUAUCAGUGCCUUCUUACGCCUUAUACGAAUUGCACGAAAACUGUUCCGAACGGCGAAUGGCCCCCGACGAAAAACCACUACUCGUUCAAUUAAAUUGGCACGUUGACGACCGGGAAGGGCGAUUCCUGCUGAAAAACAUCGACGAAAAAACGAAUAACUCCAUUGAAUCCCACGACUCGAACGCUAGUUUUAGAAGAAAAUUAUCAAAACGCGAAAAGAAGCAGCUAAAAAAGCAGGAAAAGUUACAAAGGAUGAAAAGUGAAAAUGGCCAGCGGAAGAACAAAAACGACGGGGUCGCGGAAAAAUUAUACACAGAAUUACCGGAAACGUCGUUCACGAGAUCUAUUUCGAAUCCCGAGGCGGUCAUGAGGCGGCGAAGGCAGCAGAUAUUGGAGCGGAAAUUGCAGCAGUUUCGAUCGAAAGACGGCGGUCCAGAUACAGGGGGAACAUUAAAAAUCUAUGGUGAAGCGUUAUGUCGGGACGUUCCCUACAAAACUCUACUCUUGUCAAUCAGGGAUACUGCUGGUAUUGUAGUUCGAGAAAUGCUCGAUAAGUACGGGUUACAUAAAGCAGAUCCAUCGCAAUGGUGUCUAGUUCAAGUUACCUCUUUGUCAGGAACUCCGGAUACGGAAUAUGUAUUAGAAGACGAUGAAUGCCCCUUGUCUAUACUAAUGACAUCGUCUAAUACAAGCUCCAUCAUGUUUCACGUCCGAAGAAGACCCGCGGAUGGUGGACUGCGAAAAAGAAAAAAGAAACCCGGGUCCUUAGGAAAUGCAACAGGCAAUAACCGCGAUCCACGUUCUGUCGAAUCUGGCCCUGUUCUUGUCGAAUUGGGUCCAGACGGUUCAACACCACAUGUAGGUGAUACCUCAAGAACGCUUAGGUUGGCCAACGAUGUUAUGGAAGUCGGAUCCGCCAAUGGUAUCGCUCUGCAAUUAUAUGGGCCUCACAUUCAACCUCGCCACGCUGUUAUUGCGAACACAGAUGGACUCACAUCGAUUACGCCUUGCCAUGCCGAUGCACACACAUACGUCAACGGUCAACGAAUACACCAAACAACUAUUCUCAGUCACGGCAGUCUGGUAAAAUUUGGGCCGAGCAACACCUACAGGUUUCUUGAUCUCUCACAAGAAGGCAGACCCAGGCAUCCCUCGAUCGUUGACAGCACAAGCAUGUACGACAGGUCGCCGCGCGCACUGAGUCCGACUGAUCAUCCACGGGAAAAUUUUGAAACCACUUUUGAUUUAGAAGGCAAUGUAGAGACUGUUUCCACAGCGAGCGGUGCGAGAGAAGAUAACAGAUCUCUAGGGUCCUCAUCUGAAAACAGGGUUGCAGGAAUUGAUAGGUAUCCUCGAGGACAGGAUCCAAUAUUGCCUGCUGUUUUGGAAUUUCCCGAAGAUCCUCAAGAGCAAUUUUUGGCAAGAGUUAUAACGCACCUAGACGUGACCACGCCUACGUUUAGAUUAGCACCUGCGUACACUUUGUAUUUAUGUGCUAGGUAUCGCGCUUCGACUCAUUACCGACCGGAAUUAACGCCUACGGAGCGGGCGCAUAAAUUAACACUACUUUUACAACAUGCUGCGAUGCUAGUGAGGCACACCGUACAGGACCGAAGCACCGAAAGUACAUCACAAGCUUUUUGGUUGGCAAAUGCGAGUGAACUAUUGCAUUUCCUCAAAUCUGAUCGGCACGUGAGCGCGUUUUCUCUACAAUCCCAAGAUACGCUCGCCGAUGCUGUCCAAUUGGCAUUUCGUAAUUUGGUCGCCUGCUUAACGGAUGAGCUCAAUUCGGUAAUGGGCAAUCUCACAUCAGAAGUAGGCGAAGAUCACCCGAGAGAUAUUAUAAACACUUUAAGUAACGCUAUGAAUUUAUUGAGAAAGUGCAGGGUCAAUGCAGCUUUAACUAUCCAGCUAUUUUCCCAACUAUUCCAUUGGAUAUCGGCCAGAUCUCUUUCGGUUAUAGUUAACAGUCCGAAUUUAUGCAAUCGAAGUUUCGGCUUGAAGCUAUUGAAUCGCCUACGGAACUUACAGCCGUGGGCAGAAUCUCAGGGAUUAGAGUUAGCAGCCGAGUGCCAUCUAUCGAAGAUCGUACAAUGCGCUCAAUUACUUCAAGCUUCGAAGCAGACGCCUGAAGAGUUGGCCAAUCUAUCUGCGGCGUGUUUCAAGCUGAAUUCUUUACAACUUCGCGCGUUAUUAACGCAAUAUAAAGGUGAGCCGGGGGAACAAGUGGCGGCGGUUGCGUUAUUGGAGCAGGCAGCUAGAGCAGCGGAAGGUGUCGCAGAUGAAUUAGCACGAGCUGAGGGUAGAGAAGUUCGUUUACACGAAGAUCCUGCUCCGCCCUUGCAGUUGCUACUGCCGGAUGAUGGUUUUAGUUGCGACGUUGUGCAGGGCGUGCCGGUUGGUUUAGCAGAUUUCUUGCAGCCACUUCAGGCUUCGGGUUUAUGUCGACUAGCAGCUCAGCCUACCAGCUCAGGACAUUGGACUGUGUAUAUGAAUGCUCCACGACCACCAUCGGCUUUAAGUACAACUCAGCCUGAGGUACAAAUUAUUAGACUGCAUAAAGCGGGUGGUGGUAUGGGCUUGUCAAUAGUGGCAGCUAAAGGUGCAGGUCAAGAGAGAUUGGGCAUUUACAUCAAGUCGGUGGUGCCCGGCGGUGCGGCCGACCGUGAUGGUAGACUAACUGCCGGAGAUCAACUAUUGUCAGUCGACGGUCAAUCAUUACUGGGCAUCACUCAGGAGAAGGCUGCCGAAUUUUUGGUGCGCACUGGCAGCGUCGUAACUUUGGAGGUGGCUAAAGGAGGUGCUGUCUAUCAUGGCCUGGCAACAUUGCUACAACAACCUAGUCCGACACCGCAUCGAGGUCCAAGAAGAAUGUCGGAACGCGAUCUGCCAUCAAGAGUAGACGCGGAGAGGACGAUACCUUCGUCUAAAUCUGUACCAGCCCUACAUCAUAUUUCUCCAAAUUCGGAACAACCUCGAACUGGAGGAACCCAUGAUAUGUUCAACCCCGGAUACAGUAGGACGUCAUCAAACAACAGCAUUAAUACAAAUAGCACACCGACCACCUCCCAGAAUGGAAUCGUUCCCAACCAAACAAAUUUGCGUAGUAGAUCGACGCAUAAUUUAAGUCAGCAAGACAGCGGAUUUUAUCAAAAUCUUAGCGUGUAUCGCAAUAAAAUGCCUAGUCCACAGCAACUGGGGGAGAGAACUUCUGCUCUGAGAAGCUCACAAAAUUCUCUUCAGUCAACCAUGGCAAACUCCCAACGCCCAGCAUCUGCCUACUAUCCUCAAAACGCGUUUCCUCCUACGGCAAAGGGUACAAAUCUGAAUCAAUCAAUUCCAAAUUUGAAAAGUCCCCCAUCUGUUCAUCGUUUGCAUGGUGAAGAUUCAAGGUCUGGUUCAUUUCCUCUGGUUAAUCAACAUCAGCAAUACGUACAUCAUCAGAAUUAUGGUAGCCAAGGACCCAAUUAUGGAGGGCCCAACCAAAUUUACGGCGGCGGGCCAGUACAAAAUUCUAACUAUCCUAGUCCAAAUUAUCCACGAACGCACGACGAUGUGAAUCAUAAGCAUUCGGUAUAUUCAAAUCAAACGAGAGUUACGGACAUGAAUAGCGCAUACCCUUCAAGUCCAAGCCAUAAUUCUCCAAAUUACCAAACGAGUAUGCAACACGUAAAUGGUCCGCGACAAGACGAACCGGUUAAGCCGCAAGAUCUCAGAUAUAACACUGGUUUAUUGCGAGAGGAUGUGCUACGACAGUCCCAUGUCAGUCGCAAUGAGGAAAUGAUGCGUUAUCCUUCCAGUAGUAACGCCCGCAUUCAGGAAGCCCAGAUACAACAGAAUCGUAUGCAAGAAGCUGAAAUGAGGACCUCCAGAAGCGAAGAUAUGUUAAGGCAGCACGCAAUACACCAAAACGAAAUUUCGAGGUACGCAAGUAGCGGAAAUAUUAGAAACCAGGAAGUAGUGAAUCGAAGUGAUGUGCCACAGACUAGACCAGUCGAUCUGCAGUUUCAACAUCGUUUAAGUAACGAAGACAGAAAAGACUUGCGAGGUCAAGCAAAACUUGCGGAAAUGGGCGAAGAAGUCAGAAGAAGGCAAAAUCGAGUCUUACCCCCUCCCCAUCAACAACCACCUGCCGGCUAUUACUACAACCAGCAACAAAAUUACCACCCACAAAUGGCGCAAAAUGCGCAUCACUUGCAGAAUUUAAAUUUAAACCAACAUUCCACCAAUUACCCUCCAUAUAAUACCAGUCAGCCAAACAGCCCAACCUCGCCAAAUUAUCCAAAAUCCCCACCUUUAGCACCGAAACCUUUUCGCAAACAAGACGAUCCACCUGAUCUACCUCCGUCGACCACUCACCCCUUGUAUACGGCAAGUCUGCAAGAUCCUCCAAAGAUGUCAUUUUAUCCAAACUCGAAUGUCUCGAAUAAGGGUCCGGCGCGUGAUCCUUGGGCGCGCGAAGAGCAGGAGAGGCAGGCGGAAGUUCGGCGCGAACAGGCCAGGCAAUGGCAGGAACACCAAAUUCGGGAGCUACUCUCGCUUUCGCAUCGAACAUCACAACAAGACGAACAGUUACGCGUCUUACAGUUGGAAAGAGAGUUUCAGAGGCGAGCAUUGGAGGCGGCCGAACAGGACGAUGAGGACACCGAAGAGAAAGAGAGUCCGUCGUCUACGCCAUAUUCGCAGCAGCCUUCUACUGCUGCGGGGCCGUCAACUCCCCUGUCUCCCAAACAAGACGUUCCCGCUUCCAUUUUAAAACCCGGCGUUCCUAAUAACAUAUCCUUGCCACCGCCUGAACCGGAAGCGCCGCCGCCUCCCGAAAGAGGUUCUAGUUACGUUAUAAUGUCUAUGCAUAAUAAGGAAGGGACGAAACGGGUUACGUUUAAUGAUACGCCGCCGGUGUCGCCACCUGCAAAUUUAGCAUUGGAGGAACCCAUCAGGGAAGAUCCUAAUAGUUUCAUACGGCAAGCUGAAUCUAUGUUAGCAUCUCCCACAACACCAACCGACUGCACAUCAGGGCUUGCGACGGCAACGCCGGGUGUGAUUGGUGCCCAAGAAGUUUACAGAGAUCCGAGAACGCGUCGGUUGGCGGAACAAGCGCAGCAGAAAUUGCAAACCCCCGUACCCGAAAAGCUGUCGUUUAAAGAGAAAAUGAAGAUGUUUGCCAUGGAGACGGGUGAAAGUGGGACUCCGAGAGAUAAAAGUAAAAUUUCACGUGCACAAAGAGAUAUCGAUAACAUCGGAUCUCCUAGUUCAAACCUUGUACAUUAAGUAAUACUGUUAGCAAUAAUUAAGCCGUUGCUAGUUUUUCGUAUUAAAGAGCACCUUACUGUGGUUAUAAUUCUAA